AUGGGCGCCGCGGACAAGCCGGCGCGGUCGGCGCCACGGCCGUUUACGCACUGGAAGCCUGGGCGUGUUGACGCGCUGCGCGUCUUCCUGCUGUCAGAGAGCUUCCAGGGCGCGGUGCAGCUGACCUGCGGCCUCCUGUUCGUGUCCCUCUUCGUCCUGGUCGACGCCCUGCGCUUCCCCGGGGCCUGCGUGGCGGUACUGCUUUACAUCGUUGUGUCUGUCGUGGCCGCGCCCGACAACAACGUGGGCACGCGUAUCUUCCUGUGCGGCUUCAUGAUCGGGCCCAUGUGGAUCGCCCUCAUCACCGGCGGCCUCGUGGGCACUUUUGCCAAGCUCGCGCCCACCCCGCUGGGCCACCUGCUCAUCCUCGCCACCCUCGGCCCCCUGGUCCUCAUCCCGUUCGCCGCCAACCGCGUCGGCGUCGGCCACCCGUUCCUCUGGGCGAUGGGCAUGGUGUCGGCCCUGUACGUGGGGCUGCCCAUCGUGGCCGGCUGGCCCUUUCAGGACGUGCAGCAGUUCUGGACGCGAUCUGUGGCGCUGGUGUUCCUGGCGGCGCUGAUAGCCAUGUUUGCGGGGUCGGUGCUGUCGAUGGUGGUGCUGCCCUCACUCGCGUCACACAAGCUCGAGGACGAGGUCAGCCUGGCGCUGCGGUCCCUGGGCCACCACCUCACCUCGGUCGCAUCCCACCUGCUGCGCCGCGAGGGCGGCGGCGGCGCGCUGCUGCCGCUGCCGGGGCACAUGCAGGGCAUGCAUCCGCUGCUGCUGGGGCCGAGAGAUGUGCCGGGCAGUGCCCUGGUGCCGGGGCUGGUGGACAAAGAGGCGCUGGGGCUGUUCAACGCCAACGAGGUGUACGUCGCGCUGAUGGACUGGUUUGAGCACAUGAGCCGGCCGCCAGAGGACGCCGCCGCCCGCAGCAAGAGCCUGGCGUCGUGCCUGGCGGCGCGGCGCAGCUCGGGGUCCUUCAGCAGCACGCGCGCCAAGAGCACCUUCUACGGCGCAGACCCAGCGAGCCAAGCCGCCGCAGUGGCUGCCGCCGUCAUCGACGCCGCCGACGACUGGGACGGCCUCGGAGACUCCGACGGCGCCCUGCUCUUCGGCCUCUCCAAGGAUGGCGGCGGCGAGGGCGAGGCCGAGGGCGAGGGCGGCCACGGCGGCUCCCAAGGGUGGCGGCACACGCGGGCGGCCAGCCAGCCGCGCGGCCUGCGCCUGGGCUCGAGCGCCGCCGCGACGUCCACCAUCGCCGCGCGCGCAAAGGCGGCCGCAUCAGCGCCGCCGGCGCCGCGGCCGGCGCCGCGCGGCGGCUCCGUGGCGGGCGACAGGCUGGCUGAGGCGGCGGGCGCCGUCUCGCCGGCGCCCAGCAUCGCAGACGUGAGGCAGCUGCUCGCCCAUUCAAACCAGCUCUUAGACGCCGCCGCCACAGAGCCUCAGUGGCUGCGCGGCUGCUCUCGGCGGUUCGAUCGCGCCGCGUGGGCCAAGGUCAUCGCCGCGGGCCAGCUGCUGGCGCUCAGGCUGAGCGCCCUGGACCUGGUGCAGCGAGACCACGCCGCCCUGCUGGACGAGUCGCCCGAUUUCCCGGUGAUGCCCGAAUACGAGGCGCUGGUGCAGGGGCUGUACGCGUCGGCAGCGGCGGCGCUGGCGCUGGUGGCGCGGCAGCUGGCCGACAGGGACGAUGCGGGGGCGGAGUGCGUCGCGAUGAGAGACGUCCUGCAGCGCGAGGAGUGGCGCGGCGCGCGCGAGCGCCACGCUGACCUGGUGGAGGCGGCCCUGAUCCGCUACUGGCGCAUCAUCCACGACGCCACGCCAGAGGCGCCCGUCACGCUGCCGCGCGCGCACUGGGUGCGGCGCUGGAUGUUUUUCCAGCUGGCCACGCGCGGGGUGGCCGACGCCGUCGACGGACUGGUGGAGGCGGCCGCCGCCGCCGUCGCGGGGCCGCGCGCCUGCCGUCACUGCGGCUGCUGCGGUCUGCCUGGCGGCGGGGCGCAGGCGCCGGCGCGGGCGAAGCAGGACGGGGCGACGUCAAAUAAGGCGACUGAUAUAGAUGUGGAGGCAGGGCGGGCAGCAGCAGGCCUGAACGGGAGCCCCGGCCCUGCCAACGGCGCGCCGCCACUGACGCACAAGGCGGGCGAUCCAGUCCAGGGUCCGCGCGCCGCCGCCGAGGCGGGGCCGUCGCGUGCCGAGAGGGCGGCGGCCGCGCUGCAGGGGUUUGCGCGGCGGCACACUGCGUGGCUGCGGCCGUGGCUGCCGCUGGCGCUCAACGUGGAGCAGUACAGGAGCCUCAGAAAGACCUUUGGCACAGAUUUGCCUGCCGCCCUCAGCAGCAAGCAGGCUUUCCUGCGGCAAAUCAAGGGGCGCCGCUUCAUCGCAGGUGUGAAGUACUGGUUUGUCAUCAGCACCGUGCUGGUGGCGCUGCUGCUGGUUCAGUACCACAUCCCCUCGGCAUACAGGCGCGCCUUUUUGCCUCCCUCCAGCGCUGGCGCGUACGCCCCCAAUUUCGGCUACUCUGCGGCUGCGGUCGGCAUGGCGGACCGUGUUGAGGCCACAGUCUUCAAGGUGGUCAUCUGGGUCGGCAGCGCCGUCGUCGGCGCCGCCGUCGGCUGGGCCCUCAUGUCCCACGCCGCACUUGCCGAGAACGCCCUCGCCCUCGCCGCCGUGAUCUGCGCCGUCGCCUUUUGCGUCGGCUGCCUCGGACGAUCGAGGAACACCCUCGUCACGCUCUACACGCUGAUGACGAUCGCCUCGGUCGUGCUCUGCCAGUUCACGCCCUGCUGCACGGGCCACACGGGGUCGACCACGAUGGCCAUCGUGCGCGGCGGCGCGGUCGCGGCGGCGGCGCUGUGGGCGGUCGCGGUGCAGAACCUCGUGUUCCCCUGGUACACGAGCGCCUGGGCCCUGGAGCAGCUGGCUGCGGUGUACAAGGAGGCCGCAGACCUGCUGGCGGAUCUGGUUGUUGAGCUUUACGAGGAAACCGACGCGCUGACGAGGCGCGAGGCGGCGCCCGGCGCCGGCGCCGGCGGCGGCGGGGAGGCGGAAGGCGACGGAAGCGGGCAGGCGGCCGGCGGCGGGGGCGAGGCGGCGGGCGCGGUGGGGACGGCGAGCGGCAGGGUGCUCAUGUUGAACGAGGCGGUGCGGCGAAUGCAGCGCCAGCUGGCGGAGCGCGCGGCGCAUGAGCGGGGGCCCGGCGCCUCGGGCGCGGCGCCGCGCCCGCCGCCCUCGUCCGCUAAUGACAGCGAAGCCCCGCCGCCGCAGCAGCCGCGGGAGCACGGGGUCAGGUUCGCCGCCGCCGCGACCGCGGCCGCGAGCGACGACGGCGGCGGCAGCGUGCGCGCGGCGCCGGAGGGCGGCGGGCUCAGCUACUAUCCAGCCGCCGGCCCGGCCGCGGCGAGCAAUCUGGAGCGGCUGGCGGCGGUCAAGGUGUCCCUAGUGCUGGACACCACCGCGUGGACGACAGGAAUAUUCGCAACACCCCCGGUUGUGCUGCGCAUGCUGUCGGCCAUGUUUGAUGUGGUGGACGCCCUGGGGGCGCUGCAGCAGGCCAUCAAGGUGCCGGUGGAGGCACUGUCCGGCUCGUGGGACUGGACGCUCAACAAUACGGGACAGCUGUGGGGCCAGCUGCUGCUGGAGGUCAUAGCGCUGGCGGAUGCCACCACGGCCCACGUGACGCAGCCGACCCCUGAGACGGCACAGCGCCUCCUGGGGAAGAUCCAGGACGUCCAGCACAGCCGCUACGAAUACUUUGAGCGCGGCCGCGACCUGCGCCAGCUGAUGCACGCGGCGGUCGCCACAGACGACGCCCUCUACGCCGCCCACAUGGACGCACAGGCAGCUGCCUGGCACCUUCCGGGCCACCUGCGCUACACGGGCUGCGUGUACGCGACCGCCAAGGUGCUGGACCGCAUCACCACUGUGGCGCGCUGCGCGCUGGAGGCGCGCGGGUAG